AUGGCUUUCGAGAUCGCCGUCAAAGCCGCCGUUGGUGCUCCGACUAUCCUCGGAGACUGUCCAUUUUCCCAAAGAGCACUGUUAACUUUGGAAGAGAAGAAGGUCCCAUACACUAUCCACCUAAUUGAUGUCUCUAACAAACCCCAAUGGUUUUUGGAAGUGAAUCCGGAAGGGAAGGUUCCAGUGAUUAAGUUGGAUGGAAAAUGGAUUCCUGACUCUGAUGUUAUUGUGAAGAUUCUUGAAGAAAAAUACCCUGAACCAUCUCUUGUUACUCCUCCUCAAUUUUCCUCCGUUGGAUCAAACAUAUUUGGGACUUUUGUGAGCUUUGUGAAGAGCAAGGAUGCAAAUGAUGGAACAGAGCAAGCUUUGGUUGCUGAACUCAAUGCUUUGGAGGAACAUCUUAAGGCCAAUGGUCCAUAUGUUGCUGGUGAGAAGGUCUCUGCUGUUGAUUUGAGUUUGGCACCAAAACUUUACCAUCUAGUGCUUGCCCUUGGCCACUUCAAGAAAUGGACUAUUCCUGAGAGUUUGACACAUGUUCACAACUACAUCAAGCUGCUCUUCGCUCGUGAAUCAUUUGAGAAAACCAAGGCCGAAGAGAAAUACGUCAUUGCAGGAUGGUUGCCAAAGAUAAUCGGUUCUAAAAGAAAAACCCUAAAAGACAGUAACAAUGUUACCACCGGCGCCGUCACCCCAAGCAAAACCCCUAACGUAAACCAUCCACUGCGCCGCCGUGUCGUCCUCAACGAAAUCUCUUCCACUGAACAACGAGCUCUACCACUGCGCCGCCGUGUCGUUUCUUUGUUUUCAAAGAGUGUUACUGAGAAAUCUCUUCAGAGAAUUGAAGAAAGUAUGUGUUAG